CCUUUCUCCCGAGGGGCUCCUCUGGGGGAGGCGAGAGGGCCGCGCUGAGGCGGGAGCGGAGGGAUCCGAGCAGGCGGGGUUGUAAGGCGGCCGUGCGCGUGCGGGAGGCGCGGCGGCUGCGCGGGCUGAGGGGACCCGGCUGAGGGGACGCGGCCACCCCCGGCGACCCCGGCCCUGCGCGAGAGCCGCCGCCGGCAGAGACGCUGGUAUUUGAAAAAAAACCCAUAAUGUGGAGUUGUGAUUCAUAGAACUGCAGAUGUUGCUUGGAAGGGACAUCUGGAGGGAGGUCAUCUUAGUCCAGCCUCCCACUCAGAGCAAGACUAUUGCCAACACCAGUUUAGAGGUAUGGAGAACUUGGUAGCUGGCUCCAAUCUUCCUCCACUUUUUACAGAUGAGGAUGGAUCUAAGGAAGGUACUGAAAUUAAUGUAACUGGAUUAGCUAAUUCGGAGAGUUCAUUCAGUGGUGGAACUUCACAGCCUGUGAAUAACCCAGAUUUGGUGGAGGACUUGUCACAGGCUCAGCAGCAGCAAAAUGAGACUUCUAAUGCUGCUGAAACCACUGAGCAGAAGCCUGAGGAGGAGCAGCAAAGAACCAAACGAGGGGGCUGGGCCAAAGGGAGGAAGAGGAAGAAACCCCUCCGGGACAGCAAUGCCCCCAAAUCCCCCCUCACCGGCUACGUGCGGUUCAUGAACGAGCGCAGGGAGCAGCUGCGGGCGAAGCGGCCGGAGGUGCCUUUCCCAGAGAUCACCAGGAUGCUGGGCAAUGAGUGGAGCAAGCUGCCCCCUGAGGAGAAACGGCGAUACCUUGAUGAAGCAGACAGAGAUAAGGAGCGGUACAUGCGGGAGCUGGAGCAGUACCAGAAGACUGAAGCCUACAAAGUCUUUAGCAGGAAAGCACAGGACAGACAGAAAGGCAAAUCACACAGACAAGAUGGAGCAAGACAGCCAGCUCAUGAUCAUGAGAAAGAAGCAGAUACAAAGGAGAGAUCUGUCUUUGAUAUCCCAAUCUUCACAGAAGAGUUCCUGAAUCAUAGUAAAGCCCGUGAGGCGGAGCUGCGGCAGCUGCGCAAAUCCAACAUGGAGUUUGAGGAGAGGAACGCGGCCCUGCAGAAGCACGUGGAGAGCAUGCGCACGGCCGUGGAGAAGCUGGAGGUGGACGUGAUCCAGGAGCGGAGCCGCAACACCGUGCUGCAGCAGCACCUGGAGACCCUGCGCCAGGCGCUCACCAGCAGCUUCGCUGGAGUCCCACUGCCAGGCAGCGGGGAAACCCCCACGAUGGAAACGAUUGAUUCCUACAUGAACAGACUGCACAGCAUUAUCCUGGCCAACCCACAGGAGAACGAGAACCUCAUCGCCACGGUGCGGGACGUGGUGAACAGGCUGGAGCGUUAGUGACGGGGUCUCGUGACCCGGGGAAGCUUUACAAAAUUUUUUUUGGCCAGUGUGGAAUAAGAAGCCAUGGGGGCAAGCCUAGGGUGGGAGGCAGGAUGGCAGGUUUGUCCUGGGCCCUGCCUGUGUGUUUUGUCAGGGAGACAAACAGAUCAAUGCAUUAAGAGAUCUUAAGAAGCCACGGACACCGCCCACUAAACCUUUGGAACUGUCCUCUGUGUGAACAUUUAAGAGCAUGCAACUUUUGUGCAAUCUACAUUUUUUUAUGGAGUUUGCUGGGUGUGAGGGUGCCUGCGUUCUGUGGACUGGCUGGCUGUGGAGAUGAAAUCUCAGCUUGUGAAAUGGAGUCAGCGUAUAUGUUGUAGUAAUAACUUUGAUGUGUUAUAUUGCCUAAUGUCUUCUAGUGUCUUUUAUUUUGUUUUCCUGUUUAUCCUGUGGGGUUACCUUCCUUCACUUCAGUUGUCUUCUUUUGAUCUUGUUCCCUGAUUCUUGCACUGGAUAGCAGUGCUUGUGUUCUCUGCUCUAACAGGGAGCUUUCCUUGGUGCACUGUCUUGUCCUACGCCUCCUGCUAUGUUUAUAGGAGCUUUUCUUAAGCAGAACCCUGUUUUUUUUUUUUGUCUUAGCCUGCAAUUCCUACGAUGUGAGUUUGCCCCUGCUAGAGACUGGCUGUGGUUGAUGCUUUGUGACUCGAUUCUACUAUGAGACAGACUUCUUCUCUCCCCUCUCUUCAAGCACCUCUCUUGCACAUUGCAUCCUGCUCUUCUGUGAAGGUCUCCUGUUAUCUCUUGAAAACGUUUGCUGGAGCAUUUUACUAUCACAAAGAUCAGUGGAAAUCAAGAUAGAAAGUGAAACAUUAGUUCCUCUCAGCAGGGAAAAUGGGAUUGUUCAGUUUAGACUAAACCCACAAAGCUUGCCCUUCCUCUGAUACAUUGUUCAGUCUAAUUUAAUGUUAUUGCCUUGUUUUUGAGAGAAUGAUCUCAUGGGGAAAGCAGUUUUCUAUAAAAAGCAAAAUGGGCACGGGGAUUGCAUUUUUUUCCCUCCCUGCCCUCCUGAAAUGGCUGUGCUGGGAAUCAAUGUGUCUGGAAGCAGCACAUAUAUUUUUGCAUGUAUUAUUAGAGCAGAGAAGGUUAUUAGCAGCUAGGUCCACAUAGCCCACAGAUCCCAGCAUCACAGCUUCUUUCUGCUCUCACCUUUUGUACAGUCCAAGUACUGCCCAUGGAGCCCGUAGCGUUCAGCAUUUUGUGUUCCAGCUGACCUAAAUGGCCUUUCACCCUUUCACUUGCAUUGACUAGAGCUCUGCAUGUUUGAGUCUGAUCUUGCUGAGCUACACCACACCUCCUGGCAGAGCUGAGGCACCCACUGUCUGCACUGGCUUAUGCAAAACUUUGCCUGCUCUUUGGUUCCUGUCAAAUUGUUGAUUCUGACUUUGGCUCAGCACUUGUUGGACAUCUCUGGGCUUUAUGGGGGUGGUUGAAAUGCUCUUGCUCCCACAUGACAAUCUCUUUGCUCCUGCUCAAAACAUCUGUUAGGAUUCCCCGUUUGAUGUGGAGGUUACUUUCGUUACUGGAGCGUGUUGCUGUCAGCAUCACUUUAAUGUACUUGUGACGCAAAUAUUUUGAAGAUUAAAAACCAGUUUCUUCUUUUCCUGCCCUGUACACAUGGACAUGCUGGCCUGGAGCCAUCUUCAGGUCAGCACCUUGUAUGCCAGGUCUCAGCUUACUCCUGGGGUUAUUGCUGUAGCCAAGAAGCAACGAUUUCCAUGUAAAUCAAGUCUUCCUUCAGAGAGGAAACUCCUUUCUCUUGUUAUCUGUUUUGCUUUCAAGAUUUCACAAAAAGGAACCUCAGUUUGCUGCAUUGACUUCCACUCUCCUUAGCAUGGAUGAGACCAGCUGAUGCUGCCAUGAACUUUUUUAGUGGGUUCUGUAAUGAAUGUUGUGAAUCCUAGAGGUUGUUAAUGCCUCCAGUAGAAGCACCUACACCUUCAUCUCAUGUAUGUAUCUUGGUUUUUUAGAACUGGUGAUGUUUGACUCUCUGUUGAAGUGGCCAAAAUGCGCUGCACAGCCAAAACUGAUUUACAAAAUCCUGAAGUUCUGUCUGUGGCAUCCUACCUAGUACCUGGAGUUGUAUCCCAUAAAGACUCCAGAAAUUCCAUGUAAUGUAGGCUGCAGUUCCAGGCUGUAACCUAUCCAAUCCAUCCGUAGGGUCAGAUGGCUUCAGGCUGCCUGCUUACAGAAAUCUGCUCGUGGAUACUGCUCAUCCAUCUCUGCUGAGAAGCAUGCAAGUGUUGUGGGAUAGGAAAUUUAAGGUGAUAUUAUUAGCUGGGGCUGACAAAUCUCUUGCCUUUUCCCACAAGGAAGGAGGCGGGGUACAUUAUCCAUCUUGAAGCAGCUGGGAGAAGACUGAGUUCUUGCUCAGUGAUGAUGUGACAGAUGAUGUUUUGUCUCAUUAAGAAGCUUCUUAUUUAUGUUUAUUAACCCUAUAAAAAUGGAUUUUGUCUUUCCAGUGUUUUCAGAGUGUCACUUCAGUUUACAGUUUUCAGUGUUGACUGAUUAAAAAAAAAUGAAGUGGGUGUCAAGGAGAAGAGCGGAAUAAAAUGCUUUUGUCACUUGCAGAAAUGUUAAGAGAAAUAUAUGAAAGCAGAAUCCAUUUGCUGGAUUAACAUGUUUGGAAUUGUUUAAAUGCCAAGUUUUCUGUACGAUGUUUUUGUAAUUAAACUUUGGAGCUCCUUGGUUUCUAAGAAGUUGAUGUGCUUGUUUGACACUGCUUCAUUAAAAUUGUUCAACGCUGAAUCCAUUCUGAUUCAAUUUAACUGCAUUUUCAUGAAAGAACUACUACUCCAUUGAUUUCUUGUCAGAGAUUUUGGCAAUUCCAUGUUAACCUUUGAACGGAAAUGUGCCUCUUCCACCUCUCCACCCUAAGUGUCUUCCUCUGGAAAAGCUGAAGGAAUUUUGGUCAUUACUUACAGUGGUGAAAGUGUCAGAGUUUUUGGUUAUAGCUAAUGGUUGUCAGGGCCUUUCCCCAGCUUGACUAACUUUAAAAAUGUCAUAUCUCUCACUCAGCCCUUUUUUUACAUCCUUGUCUUCCUUUAUCCUCCCUAAUUUCCCACCAUCAGAGUGAUUUUCUUUAAGAACCUUCUGUAUCAUAAUUAUUGCUCCCCACUUGAUUUUCUUUUCCCCUAUUAGAUUUUUAUCCUCUCUUUACCCACCUGCUGGCUGAGAAUGGAACAGACUGUAGCCUCAUGCCAUUUGUACUUGGUGUAGGUGCUCUGUGGAGGAGUUUGGAUGACUUCUGCCUCUGCUGAUGCUCUUUCUGAAGUCACAGUGCUAUGAGCAGCCAUGUCUUUAUGCUACAUUUGUGGUCACAUCUCAUUAUUUUGGUUGACAGAUUAAUGCCUGGUCUGUCUAUACCAACAGGCUUGAUACUGUCUUCUUCCUGGGACAGACUACAUUGAGAUUUAGAAUGCUUUGGAGAUUUUUAAAACCACUAAUUGUGUAAUGGUAAAGAUACUAAAAGUAGAAGGAAUGUAGGGAAAACCUGCAUAGGAGAAUUAUCUGCCAUGCGACACUGGCUGGAUUGGAGGUGGAGACAGGAACAGCAAGACAGGUGCACAGCCAGAGGAAAGCGUAAGAGCAAAACAGCAGUGAGUUCAUAACAAGAGAAACACCUAAUUCCUUUGUAACUGUGCUCCUGUUUGUGGCACCAGGAGCAGAUGGUGGUAAAUCAUGCUCAAUUUGAGACAACGUGGUGUAAUACUUCCGCUGUUUGUUCCUGUUUGUUCCCCCCUGUUUACUCUGCAGCUGGGCAAUUGGACUGAUGAUUAAUUAUCAUCUAAGGGAAGUUGGGGGGGAAUCUGAGGCCUUUGGGCUCUUAAGAGAAGAGAUCACUUCCUCUUUGCUCAGGCAGCUUCCUGUUGAUAAUGUGGAAUGUGGAUUCAUUUGGAAUCUGAAAUUGGGUCUUUUUAACCUCUGCUUCAUUUCAGUUGAAUCCUUCAGAGUCAGAAGUACAUUGAUGCCUCUCCUUUACUUUUGCUAUAGAAUCUUUCUGCUUGGGAACCAUCAAGAGUUUUGCUGCUUUUUUCUCCUUCAUUGCUGAUAGUAUUGAGGUUUUUAAAAUGUUAACCUUUUUUUUAAUACAUUCAUGACUUGCUAUCUUAAUUGCAAAAUCCCUGGAUUUUGUAUGAACUGUACCAUUUCAGUGUGUGGUGAAGUAUCCACAUCCAUUAUGUAAUAAAAGGCAUAGCAUUUAUACUAACUGA